AGCUUCUGAAAAUUCGUCGGUUUCAAGCGGAUUUCUUUUCGGCUAUUCUGAACGAAGCGCUGGACUCCGGAGUCGGGGACAUGGACUUCCUGUACUUCGGAACCCAGAUUGUCACCUACAAUUUAUUGCAGCAGGUGAUCUGGGACCUGCUGCUGGCUGUGGGUUCUCUCCUCUUCAUCUUCCUCUUCGUCCUUUUCAUGACCAAAUCGCUCUUCCUAACAAGCUUUGGUAUCUUCAGCAUUAUCUCCAGCUUCGUCAUCGCCACGCUCGUCUACAGCUUUAUCUUCCAGUACAAGUACUUCGGGAUCUUCCACGUCCUCUCAAUCUUCAUCAUCCUCGGCAUCGGCGCUGACAACAUCUUCGUCUUCGUGGAUAACUGGCGCGCGACCGCCCACCUGGAGUACACCUCGCUGGAGGCUCGACUGUCAGCCUGCUACAAAAGGGCGGCCAUCGCCACCUUCUGCACCUCCCUCACCACCAUGGUGGCCUUCUUCAGCAAUGCGCUGUCUCCCUUGCUCGCCGUGCAGUCCUUCGGCCUCUUCUCUGGCAUCCUGGUCUUCGUCAACUACAUGUCCGUCAUCAUCUUCUUCCCAGCCGUCCUGAUCAUGUACCACUACUACUGGGACACGUGGUCCUGGCCCUGCUUCAGGUGUAAAAAACAGAUCAAGGACGCAGCAUCUGCUGAUGGUGAACGUCGCCAUCCUAUCGUCAGGUUCUUCCGCGGACCCUUUUACAACCUUGUCAGCCACAGAGUGCUGCGCUGGGCACUACUUGCUCUGUGUCUUGGAAUUAUAAUUGUUUUUUCCGUUUUCGCUGCUAAACUGAAGCCUGACGAAGAAUCGAUAAAGUAUUAUAAAAAUGAACAUCACUUUGGCAAGGCCGCUUUGCUGAUACGCGAUGGCUUCAAGCCCAGCACGGAGGACAAGGUGAUCAAAGUGUACAUGGUGUGGGGUCUCAGGGAGCAGGACCUGACCACCUGCGCCAAGACUGACAUCAACUGUAAAGGGGUCACAGUGUGGGACAAGGGCUUUGACCUCAACCCCAAACGCGCUCAGUCCGCCUUGCUGGAUUUCUGUGAGAAACUGAAGAAUCUGUCGGCCAGUCAGAACGAAAAACUUCACCUGCGUCGGAACCCGGUCACCGGCAGCAUCGAAGUUCAGUGCUUUCUAGAACACAUAAAUACCUUCAUGAAGAGCGAAAGAAAUAAGACGCAAUACCCGGCUAACACACCCGAGUUGACUCUGCCAACGUCAGAAAGUAAAGUGGAGCAUCUGAUCCUCAACAACUCAGCCGUGUACAACGUGACGUCAGUCAACCCUCUCCUGUACCGACAGUUCGAGACGAUGAUGGGAUACUGGCUGCACGACACCUACCGUCGCGGUCCCACCAACUACGACUACAGCAUCUACUCCCCCUUGCUGGGUGAGGGGAAGGAUGAAUUCGACACCAGACCUACCGCCAUAGAUCCAACCAAGGACUGGGGUACCCGUCUAGUGUACGCCGCCAUCGUCGUCAACACCACCCUGAAGGUGGGCACCCUCGGCUACAGCACCGGCAUCCCCAUUGUCGAGGCCUGGGAUGACUUCUUCAAAAACCAGGUGUCUGUGAUGCCAAGCUCGUUAGCUGGAGGGUUUCAGUGCACACCGGAAUCCAGCAACCCGUGGCACGGUUUCUAUGUCCAAAAGAAACUCACAGACACGGCAGUGCAAGGAAUUGCUCUUGGGCUUUCUCUGGCGUUUGUUGUCAUCACCCUGGCAACCACAAUGUAAUCACUGGUUUCCUAGCAACCUUGGACAUCGGAUUUGUUACCCUAAUGGUCGUGGGUCUUAUUCCUAUGGCUGGUUGGAAACUAGGGGUACUGGAAUCCCUGAACCUCUCCCUCGUGGUCGGCCUGUCUGUGGACUACGUCGUGCACCUGGCGGAAGGAUACCACUCAUCCACCGCAGCGAACCGCCUGGACCGGACACGUGACAUGCUGGAUCACGUGGGCAUCUCCAUCUUGUCGGGGGCCAUCACGACGCUGGGCGCCGCCGUCUUCAUGUGCGGCGCUGUCAUUCUUUUCUUCAUGCAGUUCGGAAUUUUCAUGUUCGCCACCAUCGGCUUCUCGCUCUUCUUCGCUCUGCUCGGCUUCAGCGUCAUCAUGGCGCUGGUGGGUCCGCAGAAACAGACGGGUUCCCUCGUCCCCGUCUUCUGGUGGGUGCGCUUCAAACUGCGGGGCCGGAAGUCUCACCACGUGACAUGCAAACAAUGCGAGGGCAAAGGUUUCCACGGGGGGUUGGGGGAAGACUCCUCACAGACUAGCGGGGCAGUAGCUGCAGGUUCCAACGUUCCCAAACAACUGUGAUGAUCCUGUCCAUGUUACUAUUUAUGACUUCAAUGAUAAAUGUUACUCAUUAUCAUUUUGUGACUCUAUCAAGGUUUUGUCGAUGAUGGGAAAGGCUGUUUUUUUUUAAAGAUCCGUCCUUUGUUGAGAGAAAUGCGACCAGCAUCAGAUACAGCAGCAGUUGGAGAAAGGGGAAGGGGAGGACGACCGCGAAAGGCGCGUGCGUGAGGUGUUUUAUUGCCGACUUUUAUUGAUAUUUGCACGUUGAGCCACUUUCUCGAUUCCAUAUAACACAAAAUCAACGCACGGUGGAAGCUGUUUCCCUUGAAAACAAAUAAGUCAACCUAUUAAGCGAAAGGAGGAUGGUAAGAACUUAGUGGAACUAGAAGCCAAGCACUUGCACCAAUAUUCGUAGCGCAAGUAAGUAUGGGUAAGUGACGUGACUGCUUUUAGUUUUGCGACUUAAUGCUCACAGACUGGCAGGAACUGACUUUCAAGACAAAAAAUCUCAUCCUAAGGUCGCUAGUGACAGCAGCAUCUGUUACUGAAGCAAUAUUUGUAUAUGUACAAUUAAGCCACCCGCUUCAGUGUGGGAUCUUUUAAGUGAGGGGAGAUGAGCUGUAGACAUUACCUUCCCCUUGUCAUGUGCUGAGAAUGUUGCAGUUAGAAAUAUUUUCAAAUGGAAUUAAAGCGCGACACCAAAGAAGUGGAUUAUGGGUGUGAGGGAAGUUAAUUAGGGUGGAAUCUCGUGCAUACUGGAUGUUUUUAUGUGUGCAUAUGUUUGUACGUACGCCUUUGUGUAUUUGUGUGUGUGUGUGUGAGAGAGAGAGAGAAAGAAGAAUUAUAAAUCUCGAGUUUUAAUUGCAUGUGUAAUCUCAUAUGAAAUGUGAUAAGGUGCCCAUUUGUUUGAUGCACAAACACACAGUUUAUACUUUUUUUAUUUUCAUCUUUUCCGUUCGAGAAAUAAACAUC